AUGAAUAGGGAGAAAACAACACAGAUCGUUUUCGAGUCCCUUGGGGCCCCUGCGUUCUACCUCGCAAAGCAGAGCGUGUUGGCUCUCUACGCAUCUGGCCGGGCCUCUGGAAUUGUAUUCAGUUGUGGCUAUGGCCAAAGCUUCGCUGUGCCCGUAUAUGAGGGUUUCGCCCUUCAGCAUGCCGUGUCUAGACUCGAUAUAGGGGGAUGUGAUUUGACAGAUUUCUUCAACAGACUCAUCGGUGAGCGUGCAUAUGCGAUUUCUACCAACGCCGAGAUCGCAGACGGUUCAAAAUGCAAGACGGAGGUUUGCUAUGUGGCUGAAAACUAUGGCAGGGAGCUUUUCCGCCUCUCAGCCCCUGGUAUGUCGGUCGAAACACCCUUUGAGCUUCCAGAUGAGAAGACCGUUCAUGUGGACAAAGAGCGAUUUAUGGUACCAGAAGCUCUUUUCAACCUCAGCAUGAUCAGUUUCGAGGCCGGAGGUGCCCAUUACACCUUGCAAAGGUCAAUUAGCAAGUGUGAUGCUGAGAUUCGGCGUUUGCUUCACCAGAAUAUUGUUCCUGCUGGUGGCUCGACAAAGUAUCCGGGUUUCCUGGAACGGCUGCGGUAUGAAAUGGUCAGCAUCAAUCCACCAUCGGCGUCAAUCAAUGUCAUCUCUUCCCCAGAUCCUUCGAAAUCAGCUUGGGUUGGGGGAUCGGUGGUUGCAUCACUGUCGACGUUCAAAGAUAUGUGCAUCUCAGCUCAAGAGUAUGAGGAAACAGGAAAACGAUUCUCCAUUUUCUUCACCGCAUCGGUUUUCUCCGGGGCCCUCAGUGGGCUUCUUGCCGGUGCCAUCACUGGAAAUAUGGAAGGUGUCCAAGGUAUCCGGGGAUGGCGCUGGCUCUAUCUAAUCGAGGGAUGCUGCACCAUCGCCUUCGCCAUCUGCUUGAAGUUCAGUCUUCUCGAUUUUCCCGAGUCGUCGAAACGACUUUGCCUCGGUGAAAGACAGCUGGCGGUUGUCCGUAUGCUGCAUGAUCGCCAGACUACCGUCGCUCGACACAGCCUCAAACUCACGCACUGGCAGGCCAUCAAGGCAGCUCUGGCGGCUCGAACCUAUAUUUUCAUCAUUCUCUUCGUCAUGGAUCUUGGCUCGUGCACAAUCUCAUAUUUCAUCCCAACGAUUGUCAAGUCUAUGGGCUACACGUCCGUCAUGGCACAGUAUAUGACUAUUCCCAUCUGGAUGGUUGGCGCCGUGUUUCUUGUUAUUCUAUCCUACACUGCCGAUGCUACGGGAGAUAGACGGUGGCAUAUCACCGGUUGCCUGGAUCUCAGCUUCAUUUGCACCAUCGUCUGCGUCACAGUCGGAAAUGCCAAGGUCCAGUACGCCAUGCUCUGCUUCUACAUCGCAGGACUGUAUACUGCUCUUCCUUUGAUUCUCAAUUGGACAUCGGAGGUCAUUUCUCUGCCCGCGGAAAAACGAGCCGUUGUCGUAGCAUUGGUAAACUCCAUCGGUAACCUCUCUGCCGUAUACGGAAGCCGACUGUGGCCUGUCGGAGAUGGUCCCAAUUUCAUCAAGGGUCUCGCUACGACCGGCGCGUUUACAGGGUUCGGGGCCCUUCUCGCUGCUUCCAUUCCAAUUUUGCUCAAAUUUCUCCCCACGGAAGGGAGAACCAAGGCUGAGAGGCGAAUCCUGGAGCAGGAAGAGGUUGUUCUUGGGGAGACUGACGCAGCUGCCAGAACCUAA